AUGGGAAAUGCGUUGCUAUUGUUCGUGAUCAAAAAUAGCGGGCGUUCUAAAUCGACCAAAGCUGGUGUAGAUCUAUUGAACAGACAUCAAAACGAGGAGCAUCUUCAUACAGUUGCAGAAUGGCUGUCAACUUCAGACUAUCCUUCACAGCAGACCGAUCUCUUCAACCAAUGUCAGGAAGGGGCUGGGCAAUGGCUUUUUCAUUUGAAAGAAUUUCAAGCAUGGCUUGACGGGACCGAGUCAACGCUUUUCUGUCCCGACAUUCCCGGAGCUGGGAAAACGAUGAUAACAUCCAUCAUGAUAAACAACCUUCAGCAACGUUUCCAGGGCGACAAGAAGGUUGGCAUUGCUUAUGUCUAUUGCAAUUACAAACGACAGACGGAGCAGACCAUCCACCAUUUUAUGGCAAGCCUGCUCAAAAAACCAGUUCAGCAACAGCCCAACCUGCCUGAAUCAACGGACAAGUCCAUCGUCCAUGGUCUCGCUAGAGCAUUUAUUGUGAUGGACGCUCUUGACGAAUGCACUGACACGAACAAACCAAGAUCGAUUUUAUUGGAGGAAAUCGCGAACCUCCAAGUUCAACUAAAUACACAUUUCUUUGCAAUAUCGCGCUUCAUACCCGAUAUAACAGCCAAAUUCAGAGACGUGGCAACCUUAGAGAUACGGGCAACAGAUGCAGAUGUGCAAGCAUAUCUUGAGAAUAAGAUUUCAGAGACGCCAGUUCGUGUAUCACGCAAUCGAGCGCUGCAAGAAAAAACCAGGGCAGAAGAAGGAAAACCAGCUGCUGGGAUGCUUUCCGACAAGGUUACAGCGAAGGAUGUCAAAAUCGCGUUGCGGGAUGUGCUUAAGGGAUCAGGAGCAUUGGAAAUCACAUACACACAAGCUUUAGAGAGGAUCAAGGGCCAAAAACCAGGCUUUCGGCGGCUCGCUGAAGCAGUCUUAUCAUGGACUGUUUGCGCCCAAAGACAACUGACCAUCUAG